CAGUCUUUCACAACAAAGAAUUAUCUAGUCCAGAAUGUCGAUAAUGCCGAGGUAGUCUAUUUGCACAGCUUUUAACCAGCCCAAAUCAUCUCAUCAGGCAGCAAGGGAGGGGGGCGGGGCGGGGGCGGGAGCACUUCCUCGUCCCCGGGAAAGAGGUGGGAGAGCAGAAGUGGUCAGGACCCCAGGACCGCGUUUACCUUCCCUUUUCCCGAGGACUCCUCGCUCAGCACCACACUGCCUACCCAUCCUACUCGAGAUGCCUGGCCACAGGAAGGGCAGGACGCCAGACCCACAGCGCUAAGGGGCUAAAAGCCUGGCCUGGCUGGGAAAUGGACCGACGGGAGGUCUGGUUCCCUAGAGAGAGCGAGGCUUUCUCUUCUUUCAGCGAGAGCUGGGAGCAGCAUUUCCUACCAAACCCAGAGAAAGACUGGUUUCCAGAGACUCAAAGGGAAAGGAAAUCCUACUUGCUGUCACCAGCUUUGCAUUGUAAAGAGGGAAGGAGGAAACGGAAGAGAGGGAGAGGGUGGGUCCUGGUCUGCCCCACCCCUUGCGCACUGCCCAGCUGCCCAGAUCCAGCCCACAGGUCGACAGGUUGCUGCCAAGCAGUCCCAGGGCUCCGGGCUCAGCUCUAAGGACCCACAGAGAUCACAGGACCACGCAGUGCUGCCUGGAGCCGCCGAGAGUUCUGAGUAGGAAACAUGUUAGCCGUGCACUUUGACCAGCCGGGAGGACCAGAAAACCUCUACCUGAAGGAGGUGGCCAAGCCAAGCCCAGGAGAGGGAGAAGUCCUCCUGAAGGUGGCAGCCAGUGCCCUGAACCGGGCCGACAUUCUCCAGAGACAAGGUCAAUAUGCACCACCCCCAGGAGCCAGCAGCAUUUUGGGAAUCGAGGCAUCUGGACACGUGGCAGAGCUGGGGCCUGGCUGCCAGGGGCACUGGAAGAUCGGGGACCCAGCCAUGGCUCUGCUGUCUGGCGGGGGUCAGGCUCAAUAUGCCACUGUCCCUGAAGGGCUCCUCAUGCCCAUCCCAGCAGGACUGACUCUGCCCCAGGCUGCAGCCAUCCCAGAGGCCUGGCUCACCGCCUUCCAGCUGUUACAUCUCGUGGGAAAUGUUCAGGCCGGAGACUCCGUGCUAAUCCAUGCAGGAGCAAGCGGGGUGGGCACAGCUGCCAUCCAACUCGCCCGGAUAGCUGGAGCUAUUCCUCUGGUCACAGUUGGCUCCCAGGACAAACUUCAAAUGGCAGAAAAACUUGGAGCAGCUGCUGGAUUCAAUUACAAAGAAGAGGAUUUUUCUGAAGCAACAAUGAAAUUCACCAAAGGUGCUGGAGUCAACCUUAUUCUAGACUGCAUAGGAGGAUCCUACUGGGAGAAAAAUGUCAACUGCCUGGCUCUUGAUGGUCGCUGGGUUCUCUAUGGUCUGAUGGGGGGAGCUGACGUCAGUGGGCCUCUGUUUUCAAAACUGCUUUUUAAACGAGGAAGUCUGGUCACCAGUCUGCUGAGAUCUAGGGACAAAAAGUACAAGCAAAUGCUGGUGAAGGCUUUUACGGAGCAAAUUGUGCCCCACUUCUCCAUGGAGGGCCCCCAACGUCUACUGCCGGUUCUGGACAGAGUCUACCCUGUGGCUGAAAUCCAAGAGGCCCACAGUACAUGGAGAGCAAUAAGCACAUGGGCAAAAUCGUCCUGGAGCUGCCGCAGUGAAGGAGGAGGGGGCACUAGAGGAAAAGGGUACCUCAGCCCUUCCCAGACCAAACUGGGUGAGAAUUCUCUGAACGCAGGCAAGAGACGGGCUGAUACUCCACUCCCACCUGUAGUCCACUGGGCCUUCCCGGCCUCGUCAACUGAUCUGUGUAAAGCUGGUCUACAGGGGCUGCGCCAGGGUCCGAAUGCGGAAACAGAACCCUGGAGCACUGCCAGGGCCCGGGACCCCGCGCACAUCCCCCGCACGCCGCGCGCCCAGCAGCCGGGUAAUUCAGUCCGGCCCGACCCCUUCCAGAACGCACUGCGAACAGCCCCAGCUCUAGUCACUCUCCUCAGGUCCCGCCCCCUCCGCCAACUUCCUCCGCUCAGGGCCGCCCUGACAGGAACACCGCCCCUUCUGAAGCCUAGGCUCCGCCCCCUUCAGUGCGGUUCCCGGAAGCGCCUCGGGCCCUCGCCUUUCAAUCUUCCGGCCUCCUUGCUGACUCGGGCUCGUUUUGCCCGGAGUCUUUUCGAAAGGGGACAGUGCGUCAACACGUCUGCACGUGAGACGGCGGUGUUCCUGCGCGUUAUAGCCGCUUCCGGCGGAGCCUGAGUGUUGAUGUCCCGCGUCUGAGGCCGUGUUGAGCUGGAAGCUGAGCGAGCUCCGGAGGAAUAAGGGGAAUUCUAGUAUUUGCCGCGGUAACCUCAUCAGCCCGCCAAGAUGGCGAUGCAAGCGGCCAAAAGAGCGAACAUUCGACUUCCACCUGAAGUAAAUCGGAUUUUGUAUAUAAGAAAUUUGCCUUACAAAAUCACAGCUGAAGAAAUGUAUGAUAUAUUUGGGAAAUACGGACCUAUUCGUCAAAUCAGAGUGGGGAACACACCUGAAACUAGAGGAACAGCUUAUGUGGUCUAUGAGGACAUCUUUGAUGCCAAGAAUGCAUGUGAUCACCUGUCCGGAUUCAAUGUUUGUAACAGAUACCUCGUGGUUUUGUACUAUAAUGCCAACAGGGCAUUUCAGAAGAUGGACACAAAGAAGAAGGAAGAACAGUUGAAGCUUCUCAAGGAGAAAUAUGGCAUCAAUACAGAUCCACCAAAGUAAACUUUUUCUGCAUUUUUAUUUUGGACUGAAAACCCAUGAAUCACCACCCUACCCUUUUUCGAUUUUUAAUUAAUACUGAGUAUUGCAGUUUCUUGAGUUCAGAAUUUCGUUCCUGAAACCUUGAUACAUGUUAGAAUAUAUUGUUAGUAAAGUUGCAGCUUUUU